CUGACCUCUUUGUAUUGCACAAGAAUGCAGCACAAGAGUCGGAUAGUUUGGCCUGAUAUGCCUUUGUCUUGUUCUGCGGGCUCAAUGGCCUUGUCCCUAGUAACCGUUAUCACGAUGUGGGAAACACCACGUCUAUGUGAAAUUCCUCCUCGUUCCCGUAUGACCAAGGGCACCAAGGCAGGGCUGUAAUUUCCCCCAUCCUUUCCAUCUUACCGUCUUCACAUAAACAGAAAAGAUGACCAGCUGGUGAUGGGGAUGGCACACAAUGAAGGUCCUAGUCAUCAGGGUGAAGAACGGGGUGAAAAAGUUGACCGAGAAAGCAUUUUGCAUUUUCAUCAAAGUAAUUUCUCAUUAACAUUCUAAUCCAGGGAAGAAGAAAAGGGAACAACUGCAAGCAUGUCAAAGAAGAAGAAGGGACGUGCAGAAGGCAAGAGCAAGGCGGUAGGAAUGGAGUUGGAAGUUUUGACAACAGCUACUGAACGGAUUGUCGCACUGCAGAACGAGUACGAUGAAAUGGUGAAAGAGUUAAAACAAAUGAAGUUGAAGAUUUAUAACCUGCGAAAGGAGAAUGAGUUCCUUGAAAAGGAAGCACAGCAGACGCGCCUGGAAACUCACGAAUACAUCGUACAAAUGUCCAAAAGGACUGAGAAAAGGCAGAGUCAGAUUAUUACGCUUAAUGAUCAGAAUCACCAGAGCCUGGAAGAAAUCAGGACUGAAAAGGAGAAAAUACUGGCUGAAUUUGAGGUACAGAAACAAGAACUGGAAAUCACACAAAUACAGAAAGAAAAUGAUCUGGCUCAGCUUAAGAAGGAGAUUGAAGACCUGGGGGAAUAUAAAGAAUUGCGGGAGCAGCAGCUGGCAAGAAUCAGCGAACUGGACGGUCUGGUGAUGGAAGCCCGGGCCAAACAUUCUCAGUGUGUACAUGAUCUCAAACUCAACUUCAACAAGGAGAAGGCUGAGUAUAAACAGAAUGCCAGGAAGAUGGUGAAACAGCUGGAGAAGGAUGCGAACAAGGAGGCAGUCUGCUGUCUAAUUGAGCAUAUUGAAUCUAUCAAGAUGGAGAACCAGCAGCUGAGAGAGGUAUUGGUGUGUUUGAUCGAACGGUCCCGAGUUCUCCAUGUGCAACAGGAGGAGCUGGAGGCUCAGCACACGCAGCUGCUCCAGGAGAGAGACUACUGCACCAAGUUGAGGACACUGCGGUACAGGAAGCAGCUUAGUGAGUAUGUGGAGCCAAGGGUCAAGGAGGAAUCAGACACCAAGGAGCAGCCAAAGGAACAGGUGGAGCCAGAAACCAAGGAGCUGCCAAAAGUCAAGGGAGAGCCAGAAACUAAGGAGCUGUCAAAAGCCAAGGGAGAGCCAGAAACCAAGGAGCUGCCAAAAGUCAAGGUGACACUUGAUACUGAGGAGUCAUCAGACACCAAGGAGUCAUCGGAAACUAAGGAAGAGCCGACUCUUGAGGAACAAGAUGACGAGGAUUUAGACAGUGAUGAACUAGAAGAUGGGUAGCUGGAGAAGCUGGAAGAGGCUGCGUGGGAGAACAUAGGAAGUGGCAGAACCAUGAAGGUUGAAACAGAAAAAUCAUAUUCAAUUCAUCAGCUGCCUUUCCAGUGUAAAUAAUGAGAGAUCCUCCUUGAUUCAAGGAAGUUAUUAGACUUAAUUAGACAUUUUCUAAUAUUGUUUCCUUUUCAAAAUUCUGCAAUCUUAUUUUUGUCUCCAUCAAUGAAUAUUAAACUGCCUUGAGUAUGA